UUUUAAUUUAAAGAAAAUGAAUAAAUUUGAUAUUAUUGCUUAUGACUUUAAUAGAAAUGAUGGAUUAGUGGCGGUUACACUCAAACCAAAGCCAUAGAAUUAAGAAAAAAUUGCUACUAAUAUUCGUGAAUAAGAGAAAAAAGAUUUAAAAUUACCACUAUUGAAAGAAAAAUAUAGAUGCCUAAAAACUGAUAUUUAAUCUCUGAAGAGUCUUUUAAAAAGGCCAUAUAAUAUUAAAGAAUUUAAAGAGUUUUACAGAAUUUAUGGGCAAAAAUUAGUUGAUAUAGAUUUCGGUCGUAUAGAAUUAUUUAAUCUGAAAGUAAAGAUUUAAUUGUAUUUAUAAUAGGGAAAAAACUAGUUUUCUAUUGAUGAGAUUUCAUAAUUUAGAAGAGACUAAAGUUUUGUAAGAUGGGGGAAAAUAUUUUAAAUUGGUCAGCUUUAAACAAAGAGUAGCUAAUAAGUACAAGAAUAAAUCGUGGGAUUACAGUAAGAAUUAUUUAUAGAGUUAGAUUUUAUAAUAUGUUAGUGAGAGAAAGAUUAUUCACCUUUAGAACAUUAAAAUAUUAUAAGAAUGAUUAAGAGAGGAAAAAAUUUCCUUAUUAAUUCUUAUAUACUUAUGAUUUAGAAGAUUGCCUUUAAUUUAAUCUAUAAUCAUUUUAAGAAUAGGCUUCUUCGCAGAUUAAAUGUCAAGAAUAUUUGCCAAUAUUGAAAAUAAACUUUUUUCAGAAAUACUAUGAUAAUUUUUAAUUAGAAAACAUAAUAGUUCCGUUUUUUUAAUUAAAGUAUGAUGAGCAACAAUAUCUUCAAUUAUUUUUUGUACAUUUAAGUAAGAAUGGUUAUAAGUUUAAAAAGUAAUGGAUUGACAAAAAAGAAUCACCAGAUUUUGAUGAAAACAAAAAAUAUAAAUGUUACAUUUUUGUAAAUUAUGAUACAACAUUCUAUACUUAACCCUAAUUAUACAAUGGGGUUGCAGAAUUUGCUUCUUUUCAUAAUUUUAAUAUAUAAUAAACUGAUGUUGCAUUUGGUAAUAUUUAAAGGUAGUAAUCAAAAAAUUUUUUGGAAUUUUAUGUGGAUUAUAUAGAAACAGAGUUUUUCUUAUCAACAAUUUCAUUAGAGCAAAAAUUGAAUGAUAUUUUUAGUGUUCUACCUCAAGAACUUUCUUAGAAACCUUUCAACGAUAUUAUUGAUGAAAGAUUCAUGAUACCUGGAAAUAUUUAGAAAAUAAUGUAGGAGUUAUUUGGAAAAUGA